GCGACUGCACUUCUUCUCGGAGCUUGACAGAGCAGAGCAGCGCAGAGCCGUGCUUGACAAUGGUUGCAUACUGGAGACUAGCUGGACUCAGCUACGUGCGCUACUCUGCUAUCUGUGCUCAGGCAGUGCGUGAGGCUCUGAAGCCACAUCUGAAAGCCGCCGCCCUACGGAACGCAGAAGCUACAGUGACAGUCGUGAAGCGCAAGACGCCCUGAACCCCACAGACAGGGUUGAAGACUGGCGGAGGCUGGUGUGCAUCUAAGUUUCUGCAGGGUUGAAGACUGGCGGCUGACAUGCGUCUCUCAAAGCGUCUCUGGACCAAAUCGAGCUCCUCUGAUUAUCACGAUGAUGUCAUUCUUAUAAUCUCAUUAAAUUAAAUCUGCUAA